AUACUCAAUAACCCAUCUAAGUCUCUUUGGCCACAACAGAAACCUUGCAGAGCACGAGUUGAUUAUAUCAAUCAAAAUGGCUUCCAACACUUUGAUGAGCUGUGGCAUUGCCACCACAGCCUUCCCUUCAGUCCUAUCUUCUUCCAAGUCUAAAUUCGCCACCGCCGUCCAGCUCCCUAGUGUUGGUGCCAAUGCCACCUCCAGGUUCUCCAUGUCAGCCGAGUGGAUGCCCGGCCAGCCCCGGCCUCCUUACCUUGAUGGAUCCGCUCCAGGUGACUUUGGAUUUGACCCGCUUAGACUAGGAGAAGUGCCAGAGAACUUAGAAAGGUUCAAGGAGUCUGAACUCAUUCACUGCAGAUGGGCUAUGCUUGCUGUUCCAGGGAUUCUAGUACCAGAAGCAUUAGGAUUAGGAAACUGGGUAAAGGCACAAGAAUGGGCUGCAGUUCCCGGAGGCCAAGCAACUUACCUUGGCAAUCCAGUUCCAUGGGGGACUUUGCCUACAAUUUUGGUCAUCGAGUUCCUCUCCAUUGCUUUCGUAGAGCAUCAACGCAGCAUGGAAAAGGACACGGAGAAGAAGAAGUACCCCGGUGGAGCUUUUGACCCCUUGGGUUACUCCAAGGACCCUAAGAAGUUCGAGGAAUACAAAGUCAAGGAGAUCAAAAAUGGUCGGCUUGCAUUGUUGGCUUUUGUGGGAUUCGUAGUGCAACAAACGGCGUACCCCGGCACCGGACCUUUGGAGAAUUUGGCUACUCACUUGGCUGACCCAUGGCAUAACAACAUUGGGGAUGUCAUCAUCCCCAAAGGGCUUUUGCCUAAUUGAUCAUCCGAUAUCAAUUUACUUUGACCCCCUGUAAAAUUCCAUGUGACAUCUGCAAUGAACCAUAGCUUCUUCUCUUGGGCAUUUAUGAGUGAGCUCAGAAGCAAACGUUUACCAUCAGAGAUUUAUAUUGAUUAUCUGAAAGAACUGUACUUAAAGAUUAUCGUUGAAUAUAUCAGUAGUUCUUGUCAA